AACUUUGAACGUUCAAAAUACAUGAGAAGGUCAUUUCACAAACUCCGAUAGAGAGUGAGAGUGAGAAUGGGAAGAGGACCAAGUAAUGGGAGAGGUGAUAAGUUGAACAAAGGGGCAUGGACAGCUCUCGAAGACAAGAUACUAAAAGAUUAUGUCACAGCCCAUGGUGAUAGGAGGUGGCACAUUGUUGCCAGAGAAGCCGCUGCAGGUCUGAGUAGAAGUGCGAAGAGUAGCCGGCUCCGAUGGCUGAAUUACCUAAGGCCAGACAUCAAGAGAGGGAAUAUCACAAAGGAUGAAGAGGACCUCAUCAUUAGGCUUCACAAGCUCUUAGGCAACAGGUGGUCUUUGAUUGCCGGGAGGCUUCCAGGGCGAACAGACAAUGAAAUCAAGAACUAUUGGAAUACUAAUCUAAUCAAGAAGCUCGAGAAGGCAAGCCACACUAAUAACAGGAGAGUGAAUGACCAAACAAAGACGAAAAUCGAGACGUUUGAGACGGAGAAACCAUCAGCACUGCUUCAACACGACAUCGCGAAGUUGCAAUUCCUAAAUGACGACAUCUGCCUAGACCCCGCCAGAUCUGGAGGUAGAGAGUCCUUAUUGGAUCACAAUAAUUCUGGCUAUUGCUGCUCAGCAGCGACGACUCUGGUGGAGGUCUCGGGACAGCUCAAAAUGGAUUUCCUUGUUGAUGAUGUCGACCGAUCGAUAACUAACUUGGAGUAUGAGUUCUCAAGGUUGCGUGAUUAUGAUGCCUGUCUUACCGGUUCAGCAAGUAAUGCAUGCAGUGAAGAUUUCCUCGGUCAAUCGUUCCAAUGGUUGCCUGAAGGAUUCUUGGACAAUCGGAGCUGGGAAUUCGCUUCUGGGGAAGAUUGGGUUAUAUAAAACAGCAAAAAUAAAAAGAAGAUUGCAAGCUUUUUAAUUUUAAUUACAGAAGAGGUUGAGGGAGAGACAUUUUCUUUUUGUGGUCUCAAGAUGUCAAUAUGUGAAAAAUCAUUUUCCCGAUGAUGAAUUUGUUUGUUGGAAUAUUGUUUCCACGGUCCAUAUUUUGAACUACCAUUUGGUGAUCUAUUUGUAAAUUGAAAGAAAAAGGCCAUUGAUCCACAAUAAGGUAAUCUAUAAAU